GAGCUAGUUCAACAGUGUUGAACAGAGCUAGUUAACAGAGCUAGUUCAACAUUGUUUAACAGAGCUAGUUAACAGAGCUAGUUCAACAGUGUUUAACAGAGCUAGUUAACAGAGCAAGUUCAACAGUGUUUAACAGAACUAGCUAGCAGAGCCAGUUAACAGAGCUGCCUCACUAGUUAAACAGUUUAUCACAGUAAAAGCAUUUUGUUGGUAUAGUCUGAUAGAAUGCAGUAGCCUCAGAGAGGAUCUGCUUAUCCAAUGUUUUCUUCCUCGUUGACAUUUUGUUCGGGCACAACCUCGGGCCGCCGGACAAAACAAGAACACUGUUGUCUCUUCACAGUCAAAGCGUUUUUCCUGAUGAACAAUUCAAAACGCUAGGAAGAAGUCCUUCCUGUUCUGCAGUCUGUACGCCGCCUGCAUCAUCGGGGGGCGCCACCUCAUGAAGCAGCGAGAGAAGUUUGAACUGAGGAAACCGCUGGUGCUAUGGUCGCUAACGCUAGCGGUGUUCAGUAUCUUUGGCGCGGUGCGGACAGGAAGCUACAUGAUGCACAUCCUUUUGACGAAGGGGCUGCAGCACUCGGUGUGCGACCAGAGCUUCUACAACGGACCCGUCAGCAAGUUCUGGGCCUACGCCUUCGUCCUGAGCAAGGCACCGGAGCUGGGCGACACCCUGUUCAUCGUGCUCCGUAAGCAGCGGCUGAUCUUCCUCCACUGGUACCACCACAUCACGGUGCUGCUCUACUCCUGGUACUCCUACAAGGACAUGGUGGCGGGCGGCGGCUGGUUCAUGACCAUGAAUUACCUGGUGCACGCGCUCAUGUACUCGUACUACGCGGCACGCGCUGCGGGCUUCAGGGUAUCGCGGCGCCUGGCCAUGUUCAUCACGCUGACCCAGAUCAGCCAGAUGGUGGUGGGCUGCGUGGUCAACUACCUGGUCUACUCCUGGAUGCAGCGGGGCGCCGGCUGCCCCUCCCACGUCCACAACAUCGUCUGGUCCUCCCUCAUGUACCUCAGCUACUUCCUGCUCUUCCUGCACUUCUUCUACGAGGCGUACGUGGGCAAGAACAAACCUCCGGCCUCCGCCUCCGCCGUGACCGCGACGACCAUCACCACAACGACCACGGACGCCAAGAAGAGCCAGUGAAGGAGUCACACGCGGAGGAGGAGAGGGUGGAGGAGUUGGAGUUGGGGAAGGAUCCCAUGGCUGACAGGAGAUGCUUGAGAGGAGGUUGCUGCUGAAGGCAAA